AUGUACGAAGGAAGAUAUUCGAUUACAAGCUUAUUUGAUGAAAAUAACAAAUCUCUACAUAUUGAACCCAAUGAGAAGGGAUUGUCAAUUCAUGCCGCAGGCACGAAGAUGAGAUCGUCAAUUGCCACUUUCUAUCCCAAGGCUAGAAUACUCAAGCUCCGUCCACUGUCUAGUGGUCUUGAUUCAUGUAAGAACACUUGUCAACAUUGUUUAAAAGUUUUCCUGCAAGAAUCUCACCCCGAUGUUCAACAAGUCAUAUUUCCUAAAGUAAAUGCUCAUGGUAUCGCAGACCCACUUAGCCCCAUUACUUGUGGAUUUUGCCUCACUUACCGUUAUUGUUCUUAUCAGUGUUAUCUCAGAGAUUGGUACUCUUACCAUCAACACGAAUGUCCCAUCUUUGUCAAUAUUAGACCAGGAGACACGCAUGCAAUAGACCAAACUACAAGACUCAUUAUUCGUUUGUACAUUUGUUGUGAGCUUGAUCCUAAUUUUAAACAGAGAGUAUUAAUGUUAAUGUCCCACGUAGACAAAAUAGAGGAAGGACAAAAUAAUGAUGAAUCUAACGCUCAGUUGGUUCAAGAUAUUACAUAUGAUAUUUGGAGAUCAAUUUCUAAGCCUUUUAUACUGGAAGAAUAUAUUAAAAUUCUUGCAUGUAUUACCAUGAUUAACUCCAAUGUAUUCUUGAACGCACGAUAUGAAGAGAUUGGGAUGAUGGUCGAACCUGAUUUGUCUUUAAUUAAUCAUUCAUGCUUACCAAAUGUGGUGAUUCUACCUAUAACUACAGACAGCUUUUCAUUGAUAGUAACUCAACCAUGGGAAGACUCACUGGAGGUUUUCAUUAAUUACUGUGUUACCAAUUUACCAACUUUUUUGAGGAGGGAAACGUUGAAAAGGAAGUUUUACUUCACUUGUCAAUGCGACCUCUGUCAAUCAGACAAGGAUUUGUUCUUUUCUUAUAAUUGUCCUUCAUGUGGGAAUCAUAUUUGUACCUUGGAGAUAGAUGGGUUUUUUUCGACAGAUAAUAAUUCGGAGUCUCUAAAUUGUUCAACUUGCUCUUCACUGAUUUCAACGACUACUGUAUUAAAAGUGAAGAGUCUUCAUUGAGAAUUAUUUGCGUUACUUCUCUUUGAGUUUGGUGAUCAGAGAGAUGCGUAUGAAGAGGUACCAGUAUUACAAAUUUUAAAAGAACUCGAAUCCAUUCCGGUAGAAAGACUCGUACAUAUGCUUGUCGCUCAAGUAUGUGGGAUUGAUAUCAAUGGCCAAACAUCUCCAAGAUAUACUUCAUUAUUGUCCUCGAUCCGUCAUACGAAAAUAGUACCAACGUAUUGUUUCCCAUUGAACGUUGUGACAGCAUCAUUGUUAGAUUAUUAUCGAGACUUAAACUUGGAGUUCGCAAGUGGGAAACAAUUAUUACAAUAUAUUAUAACUACUGUCAGAGCAUGUUUUGAAGUUGAUAUUGUUUCAGACUUAUCUGAAGCAAAGUUUUAUACUCAUGGAUGUAUGAACAACAUUGGGAAUACUCUUUUCAUUAUUGCUGCUAUGAUAUGUAGAAGGAGAGGGGUUAUGGUUGGAACAGCUUCAUGCAAAACAAAAUCAGAUGAAAGUAGAUUGAUCGAAGUUCUUAUUAAAUGUUCUUUCUAUUUCAUGGUUCAAGCCUUAGAGUCAUCAAACCCUUACAAUUAUUACCCCACAUUACAGGAUGAGUAUUGGACAAGUACAAUUAAUAUUUGGAAUUUCUGUCGGAAUUAUUUGUUAGAAUUUCCAACAAACUUGGUAUUAUGGGGGUAUACAAAUCCAAUUUUAUAUACGCAAGACUCAUUCACAUGGUGCUUGAAAGAAUUAUUUCAUAUCUCAGAGGCACGUGUAUUGAUUCAAGAUGAUAAAUUCCUAAUUGAACUUGCGGAUCGUACUCUAGCUGAACCUUUCGUAGGUCCAUACCAAAAGUUGGCAUUCCCUAAAAUCUUCACAGAAAAGUAUGUAUCAAGAAGGCUUGGUUUAUGA